GCGAGGGGCAGAGCGUCGCCGGACGUCCGGCCCGCUUCCCAGCAGGCGCCGCGGCUGGAGCUGGGCAGACGUGUCUCCGCCAGCGCCGGAGCGAGAGAUCGAGGGAGGGAUCGGGAUCCGCCAGGAUGGUGACGGACGUGCAGCUGGCCAUCUUCGCCAACAUGCUGGGCGUCUCGCUCUUCCUGCUGGUCGUCCUCUACCACUACGUGGCCGUCAACAACCCCAAGAAGCAGGAGUGACGCCCCGGAGGAGCCGCAGCAGCACCAGGAGGACAGGAGCCGCCACCACCACCAAGCAGGGAGCCAUGGCUGGAGUGACGCCCCCCCAACCGGUGCCCCCCGACGCCCCUCUGAGUCCACAAGGCCCCUGCAGACGCCGCCCAUGACACCCGCCGGUUGCUGUCUUUUUUGUUUCAUUUUGUCAAACGAAAUUUAUUAAUAGAAACAUGUUCACAAGACAAAUCUGUCAAAAAAUA